AUUCAUGACUUCAUAAAAUUGUCAGUUUGAAAAAAGUAAAGAACAAGAAUAGAAGAAAAAUCCUUUAAGCUCUGAUUUUCAUGGUUUCAUGUUCAGCCUCAUAGGACAUUAGUAAACCACUUGAUAAUAUUGAAUUUCCUACUUCAAAAUCACGGUUCAUUGUUUUUUGAGGGUAUUUUUAUUUCUUCAUUGUAAGUCCGUGUGAAGUUAUGGAUGUAUUACGUCCAAAGAUAUUGAACAUUGAUGGUCGAAUGUAUCGCUUGAAUACUGAUGAUUGUUGUCCAAACGAGUAUGUUGAACCUGAAAUAGACAAAGCUGAGAAACAAAUGCAUAACAACAAAAUAUCUGAACGCCUACCAUCUUAUGUCGAAAGGGAUGAUAUUGAAGAAGAAGAAUCUGAUGAUUUAAAUAUUUACAUGGAAGGUGAUCGAUGUGUUCUGAAACUAGAAGCUCCAAAUAUAUUUUAUGGUUUGAUCAUUGGUAGAAAUCGAGAAAAUCUCAAAAACCUUGAAUAUCAAACAAGAACUAGAAUUAAAAUUCCUGGUAUGAGAGAAAAUAAUGUAAUAACUAUAAAAGGAGAACAAAGAGCAAAUGUUAUUGCUGCUAAAUCAAAAAUUGAUGCAAUUAUAAAGAGAGGUCGAUUCAAACAGAGUAUGACUCACUUUGUGUCCUUUCCAAUGGUCAACCCUAUGGUGGUUGAUAACUAUUUAGCUUUCAAGAAAAUGGUUCUUGAUGAAUGUGGCCAGUGCCGUGGUAUCACUGAACUUUUAUUUCAAGAUGAAUUUAAACUUCAUUUGACAAUUACCUGUUUUGUGCUAUGUAAUGCAGCAGAAAUAAAAAGAGCUAUCAAAUUAAUGGAACAGUGUGAAAAUACUAUAAUAAAACCUAUGAAUUUGAAAUCCUUAGAUGUAUUAGUUACUGGGUUAGAUUAUAUGAAUGAUGAUCCAUCGGAAGUGAAUGUUUUGUAUGCCAAAGUGGAAAAUCCUGAAAUUCAAAUGUUGGCGGAUAAAAUACAAACAUUCUUCCAAGAUUGUGAUUUGGCAUUGCAACCUAGAAAUAAUCAUGUAAAGCUACAUAUAACGUUGAUGAAUUCUGGUUUCUACAAUUAUCAAAGUAGUGUUAAUGGGGAUUCUGGCAAUAAAUCUCAUCUUACAUUUGAUGCUAGAAAAAUAAUUGAAAAAUUUAAUGAUUAUACAUUUGGAACUGUGCAGCUGUCAGAAAUUCAUCUGUCACAACGUCAUACGUUUGAGUCUAAUGGAUACUAUAAAUCAUCAUUUGUACUAAAACUUUAACCAAAUUUAUCUUAUAUCAACUGAGAUUUGAUGUAAAUACUUUAAUUAUUUAUUUAGAUAUACAGAAUAAAAUGUUAAAAAUAUUUUUUGAAACUAAAGACUAAAUAAAUAUUUUGUAAACAAAAUCAUAUAAUUUAUAAAAAUCAUUAGAAAAUAGGAAUGGUUUUUAUUGAACAUAUAAGUUACAGUUAUAUACUGUGAUUGAAUUGAAAGGUGAGGAGGAGUUGAAUAAAAUAUGAUCGUUUUA